UUUCUAGGCAUCUCUAGAAGGAGCCCUUUGUUCUUUAAAUUAUUGUGUACUAUCCCCUCUAGUCGCCACCCCUAUUAUUCCUGCUAGCGCACUUUUUCAGUUCACUUUACUGUUAAAGCGAGUGCCUUAGGCCAACAAGUAGAGCCCGCGCAACGCAGUGGUCGUAUUCAACUCUGUUUUUGCUCCAUUGAUUUGGUUCUAUACUGGCAUUUUGCUUAUCGCUAUGUCUCGUCUUGGAUUUUCGUGUAAUGAGCGUGAUGUGCUAAUGGGUCGUGGUAAGCGAGUUUCGGAAUGGCCGGGCAACAUUUAUUUUCGUCAAGUUGUGAACAAAUACCGCGAGCGAUACGCGAAAUCUGCACGGACUGUGAAAGUCACCAUUGCGCAAACAGUAAUUGACGAAAUCCACCAAGUGAACGGUCGAUUCUUGAAAGAGGAAAGAGACGGUAGCUGGAACGAAGUUGAAGCGGACAGGACAGUGGAAAAAACCUGCCAGGCGCUCCGCGAGAAAGAGAAGUCGAAUCCGGCCCCGAUGAGCCCUUUCGUGGACACUGCUGGUCAUCCUCAGCGCAAAAGAGCCAAGCUGCAGCCAGCGCUCAAGAGACCUCCUUCGUCCGACGAAAACUCGGUUGAAAGUAUUGGGGACGACACGGCAACCGAGUCAGACGAAAGCAGCGAAGACGAAACGGAGACGGAAAGUGAGGAAGAAGAGGUCAAUGUGUGCCCCCCAAAACGAGCUGCAUCGAAAGGUCCAACGCCUCUUUCAACUGUGAAGCAAAAACCUAAUGAAGAAUGGCUGGAACAAGUCCAGAAGUAUGCUAUUAAAUAUAAACACCUAGCCGUCCCUCCUGGAUGGUCGGAAAACGUCAAGUUUGCCGAUUGGUGUGUUGGUAUGAGGCUUCUCAGACGUGAACUUGACUUGGGAUACAGGAGAGUAAGCACGGCCGAAAGAGAUAUUUUGGGGGAUCUGGAGGAAAGGGGUUUUGUCUGGGAUUAUGAAGCCUGGCACUGGGAGAAGCGAUACAAAGAGCUGCAAGAAACUUUGAACAUGGGGCCACACGAAAAUCUGAAAGACACUACUUUGCAUUGGUUGGACAACCAAAGGCGACUCGGCCGAGCAAGCAUCCCAACCGAUCGACUAGAAAAAUUGCAGAAGUUAGGAAUAUACCUUUAAAUGCGGCAAACGUUAUACGAC